AUGAAAAGACAAUGGGCUUCCAGAAAAUCUCAAAUAAAAUCAAAAACAAGACUGAUACGAGCCAUCGCUCGAACAUUUUGGUGGGAAAUUUCGAGAUUGGGUUUUAUACAAAUUUUAAAUGAAGUCGUUAUUAGGCUUGGGCAGCCCUUGCUUCUCGGGAGAUUAUUACAAACUUUCAGAAAUGGAAGUGAAAACAUGAAAGAAGAGGCAUUGAUGUGUGCUGGUGGAAUCGUCAUUUUGAACGCAUUAAGCGUAAUUACUAUUAACCAAUAUAUUUUUGGAGGUUUCCAUUUAGGGAUGAAAGUUCGAGUGGCUGUUUGCAGUAUUAUUUAUCGAAAGGCUCUUCGCUUAUCGCGAAUUUCAUUAGGAGAUACCGCUCCAGGCAAAGUUGUGAAUCUUUUAUCAAAUGAUGUUAGCAGGUUUGACUUAGUAUCUAUUUUGAUCCACUAUAUGUGGUCUUCACCAUUGAUGGGCUUAGUAGUGACAUAUUUACUAUGGAAUGAAAUUGGUCUGCCUGGUAUCUUCGGAAUUCUAGUUGUCUUUCUAGUUGUUCCAAUACAAUCGUAUACAGGAAAGCUUUCAUCGAUAUUCCGACUGCAGACUGCACUCAAAACCGAUGAACGCGUUCGUCUUAUGGACGAGGUUAUAUCUGGCGUACAGGUAAUUAAAAUGUACGCCUGGGAGAUUCCUUACACGCAUCUUGUCGCAUUAGCGAGAAGACUCGAGCUUAAGGUAGUUCGUAAAAAUUCAUACGUGCGACUUUACAUGACUUUUAUGCUAUUCACAACGAGAAUGGCUUUGUUCUGCACGAUGCUGGCGAUCGCACUAAUGAACGGUGAACUUACGGCGGCGAAGGUAUUCGUUGUGUCAUCUUAUUUUAAUAUCCUGGCUCAAACCAUGUCUCAAAUGUUUGUGAGAGGCAUAGCAGAAUUAGCCGAAGCUUGGGUAGCCAUAAAUAGAUUGCAACGCUUUUUGGAUUACGAAGAAUUUCAGAGCCGUAAAUCUAUAGAUGAAUUACUCAAAGAAAAAAUAGCAGCUGAAAAGAUGCUUGAUAAAGAAAAAAAUAAUGCCAAUGCCGAUAUUAUAAACAUGAACAUUAAGAAUAAGCUAAAUUCAGCUGAAGAAUUUCAUCAGAUUUCGUUAAACGAGAAUGUUGUAAUCCUAUCAAAUAUAUGUGCCAGUUGGACAAACGACAUAAUAAAUGAGCCCACAUUAAAUUCCUUGACUUUAACCAUUCCAAAAGGAAAAUUGAUUGGAGUCAUUGGCAGCGUAGGCGCCGGCAAGAGUUCUCUCCUACAACUGAUCCUUGGCGAGCUACCCGUGGCGAAAGGCGACAUCGAGGUGUUAGGAAGCGUAUCUUAUGCCUGUCAAGAGCCUUGGGUAUUUGCGAGUAGUGUCAGGCAGAAUAUUCUAUUCGGACAGGCGUACGAUAAAUCGCGCUAUAACGAUGUGAUACGUUGCUGUGCGCUGCAAAGAGAUUUCACGCAACUACCGAACGGCGAUCAAACUAUCGUGGGUGAACGCGGUGCAUCUCUAUCAGGAGGUCAGCGCGCCCGUGUUAGUUUAGCUCGAGCCGUUUAUCGCCGUGCAGACCUUUACUUGCUGGACGACCCGCUCUCCGCGUCGACGCACAUGUCGCGGCAUUUGUUUGAUAGAUGUAUCGGACCCAAAGGACAAUUAAAAGGAUGUACUAGGAUUCUUGUCACUCAUCAAGUACAUUAUUUGAAUGGAGCAGAUUGGAUCAUCGUAAUGAAUAAUGGAACAGUUGAAGCGCAAGGAACGCCCGAAGAUUUAUCAAGAAGUGGAAUAGAUAUAGCCAAAUUAAUCAGUCAACAAGAAAAUGUAGAGUCUCCCGAUCCAUAUACAAGAAGGUUAUCAAAAACAUCAGCAAGAAGCAAAAUGUCAGUUUCUUCUAUUGCGACUCAUGAAUCAGAUUCAGAGCAAGAGGAGGAUGUCGACGAAGGUCCGCAAGCUGUUGCUGAAAAAUCUUCGAAAGGCACGGUUCAAGGAUCUCUGCUAGCACAAUAUUUCAAGGCUGGUGCUAACUCGAUCCUGUUGAUGCCUAUGUUUGCCUUGUUUUUGUUAGCGCAAGUUGCCGCUAGUGCCGCUGAUUAUUGGGUUUCAUACUGGACUGCACAAGAAGAACUCCGUCAUUUCUAUAACUCAUCUGCCACGAUAAAUUCAAGUGAUUUUAAUGACUUAUCUACAAACCAAACAUCAAGUAAUACUGAAAACUUACUUAGCACUGAAACUUGCAUGUAUAUUCAUGGAGGAUUAGUUGCUUCACUAUUUAUAAUAGCUAUUACUCGUUCUAUAUUUUUCUACACUGUAUGUGUACGGGCUUCUCAAAGAUUACAUGAUUCUAUGUUCAAAGGAAUUUUACAAACAACUAUGCGAUUUUUUGAUACAAACCCUUCAGGACGGAUUAUGAAUAGAUUUUCAAAAGACAUGGGCGCUAUUGAUGAAUUUUUACCUAAAGCCUUGCUUGAUUCAUCACAGAUCAUACUGACUAUAGUUGGCGCUUUAAUAUUAACGGCAACUGUAAAUCCAUUAUUUUUGAUAGCUGUCGGCGUUCUUGGAAUAGUUUUCAUAUUUGUGAGAAGAAUUUACUUAAAAACAUCAAAAAAUAUUAAACGUCUUGAAGGAAUAACCCGAAGUCCAGCAUAUUCUCACCUUGCAGCAUCGUUAGCUGGCUUGUCGACUGUGAGGGCGUUUGGAGCCCAAAGUGAAUUAACGAGUGAAUUCGAUUCACAUCAAGAUCGCCACAGUGGUGCAUGGUACAUGUUCAUUGCAACUAGCACUGCUUUUGGUUUCAGCUUAGAUCUGAUGUGCUUGCUAUUUAUAUUUGCUGUCACUUUCAGUUUUCUAAUUGCAGGACAAGAACGAUUGGGCGACCAAGUCGGUUUGGCCAUCACUCAGGCGAUGGCCCUCACCGGAAUGAUGCAAUGGGGUAUCCGGCAAAGUGCAGAAGUUGCUAACCAAAUGAUGGCAGUGGAACGUGUUCUUGAAUAUAAAUCAUUACCGCCAGAAACAGAACCGAAGGUUCCUAGAGAAGUGCCUAAAUUAUGGCCAGAGAAAGGUACAAUUAAGUUUGAAGACAUGACUUUAACUUAUGUGGAAGGGGAGGAACCAGUUUUGAAACACUUGGAUAUAGAGAUCAACGAAAAAGAAAAGAUUGGUAUAGUUGGAAGAACAGGCGCUGGCAAAUCGUCCUUGAUUGCGGCAAUAUUCCGCUUAGCCCGCGUUGAAGGAUCUAUAACAAUUGAUGGCAUCGAUACGGCUACAAUUUCUUUGAAUAAACUAAGAUCAAAAGUGUCCAUCAUUCCACAAGAUCCUGUACUGUUUUCUGGAACAUUACGAAGAAAUCUUGAUCCAUUUGAAGAAUAUUCGGAUGCCGCCGUAUGGACUGCACUGCAUGAGGUUGAACUAGGAGAAUUGGGUGCAAGUGCUUUGGGUCUUCAAGCUCCAGUUAUGGCAGGCGGGUCUAAUUUCAGUGUCGGACAAAGGCAACUUCUAUGCUUAGCCAGGGCUAUUCUAAGAGAGAAUAAGAUCUUAGUACUGGACGAAGCGACGGCCAAUGUUGACCCUCAAACUGAUAUAUUAAUCCAAAGGACGAUUCGUUCACGUUUCGCCGAAUGUACAGUUCUCACGGUCGCUCAUCGUCUUCACACCGUCAUGGAUUCUGAUCGGGUGUUGGUUAUGGAUGCCGGCCAGGCUGCAGAGUUUGCUUCUCCUAUAGAAUUGUUAAAUGUCAAAGAUGGAAUUUUCCGAUCCAUGGUGGAUCAAAGUGGUCGACAAGAAGCGGAACAACUUAUGGCAAUUGCUAGGAAAACGGCUGAAAACAAAGUCCAUACAAGUUCUUUGGAAACGAUGAUCUGAAUGCUGUUGGGUAAUAUCAAAGCUUUAUAAAUUAAUGCAGGGUUAGAACUUAUCAGGUCCAUGUUGAUGAAGCAUAUAGGUCGUUGGCUCUAAAUAUUUAGGGCCAUUUUUAACUUAUCGUUAUACCACUGUGUAUAAAUAUACGGUCUUAAACCGAUGUUUUCACUAAUUACAGUAAUACUUUAAGCGUAAUGUUUUUAUAAUUAUAACAAAUUUUAGCGUCUGGUUGAAUGAAAACGGGUGA